AUGGUUCUAGUUGUAUUAUGGACAGUGUGUUUGGUAAGACUCUGCCACUGUGGAGGUGAUUGCAAGGUUGAUUCUACUCUAUUCAAUGUGGAGGAAACCAAGGAAGAUUAUGUUAAGGUUCUCAAACUCACCCCUAAAGGUGAUAAGGUAACUAAAGUCAAGUAUGAUGAAAAGGAUGUUUGGUCUGCUGGGUUCCUUAAUAAAUCAAACUUACUGGAGGCUCUGAUGUAUUUUAAUGAUGACCAACCCACUCUAGCUGUUAUAAACACAAAGAGUACUAGUGGUACUGAAUCCACAGUAUACAGGUACCAUAAUGGUAAGAAGUGGCAGAGUGAUAAUGUGGAUGGACAUAAAAGGAAACUAGAAGUAUUGAAGGAGGACUAUAAACCUAUUGGUGAACCCGAAGAAAAUCCACCCGUUUCAUCUACUACUUUGGAACAAGAUACCCUGAAUAUUUCUAGAGUAGAUCAAUCAAACCUCGAAUAUUUCGAGUAUACACAUGAUGAUAAUUUAACUCAACUUAUUGUUCCCAAGAAGGGCGUCUCUGUUCAAAAGAUCGUUAGAGGAAGUGAGACUGUCUGGACUCCUGAAAAGGGAGAAAGGUUCGAGUACUCCAAGUUAUAUCUUGAUAAGGACAGGAAACUUGGACUCAUCCUUAUUACAAGCAACUUUUCUUCAGAUAUAAAAUACAACUACUUUGCUAAGAAUGGAACGAAGUGGAAAUGUACACUAGAAUACGCUGAAAAGAUGAAGGCUCUAAAGGUCGUUCCAGCUGGCAAGACUGAUAUGUCCAUUGAUUUAGAAAAAGAAGAGACAGAUGAAUGCAGAGUUCUUGAUGUUGAACUUCUGAAUGUACCAACACGUUUUCAUUUGCCAAAGCCAGAGUACCUUGUCAAGGAAGUCAAGGAUGACGAGGAUGUUCUGUGGACCUUUGACGGUCCUGGGAGAUGCACAUCUUGUGCCGUAUACUCCAAGAAUGGUAAUCAUCUACUCUCUCUCUUUAUAAAGGAUGGAGACAAAUCUGAUUACAAACACUUUGAAAAGGUGGAUGGAAAGUGGAGCUCCAUAGAGAAGGAUGACUUUAACAAAAAGUACAAGAAUAUGCAAGUUACAGCAAGCCAAACAUCUGCUGAUACUACUUCCAUAGAACCUAAGGAGGUGACUGAAGAGAAUGACCAGCAGUCGAAUGAGUAUGCAGCUGGACCAGUUGCGGAUCCUCAAGAAUCUGUAGAUAUCCCACCUGAAAGUUCUCCAAGUACCGCUGCAGAACCAUCACCAACUGAAGAUACUGAACAGACUGCCGUUUCUUCAAGUGACCCCGUAGAUCAGCAACCUAUAGAGGUGAAUGAGCUUCAGGAGUCUGAGCCUUUACAGUCCACUGAAGACCUCCAAGAAGUAGCAUAUCCAUCAACUCAACAGGUGGAAGGAUUCGAGGUACCAGAAGAUUCCAAAGAUGACAACCCAGAGGUUACUCCUCAAGAUCAUUCUGAAGAGGUUCCCGUAGAGGAUCCCAAGCCAGUAGCUAAGGAUAUCUCUGAACAAUCUGAGUUAACUAAACCUGAGAAUGAAGUCUCUCUAGAAGAUUCACAUCCUGAAGAGACCGCCGAGACUCUUACUGAAUCCUCGCCCUCACUGGGAGACGCUGAUGAAGGAUCUACAGAUGACCAUGUCAAUGUUCCACCUGAAGAACUCCAUGACGGAACUCUAGAAUCUGCAGAUUUACCAGAGGUAUCUAAUGAUGAUGAUGAAGGCUCCCCUGAAGGGGAUGAGGAACCAAAAGCUUCUGAAUCUGCAUCCAAUACUGAGGAGGUAGUUCAGGAACAACCAGAGUCGGAGCAAACCGAUGAUAAGGUGGAAGAAUCUACUGAACACUCACCUUCGCUAGGAGAUAAUGAUGAUAGCGGAACAGAAGAACCAGUAGAGGUUACUUUCCCUCCCGCAGAAUCUAAUGAUAAAGAAGAGGAACUAGUAGACCUUUUAGCUUUACCAGAUGCUACAAAUGUAGAGGAUGUCAAACUAGAGGAAGUACUUCCAGAGACACAAGAUGUGGAAAGUCCGGUAAAGCAUCAUGGGAAAGAAUCUCCUGUCGAAGAUCUCCCCGAACUUUCUGCUGUGGAAGAUGGUCCAAAUCCAGCCCCUCCCAUUACUCUAGACUCUGUUGCACCCAAUGAGACAAAGUUAGAUGUAAAUACAGAAAUGGAAUCCGAAAAGAUCGACCAUGCAGACACUCUAGAUGAACGUUUGACUGAGGAUAGGAACGAGACAAAAACUGAUGACUCCACAAAAGCAGCUGAAACUACAGAGAUUAAUCCAGUAACACUUGAUGUUCUAGACAUUAGCAAAGAGGAAGAAUACAAGAAGAAGCUUGAUGAUAUGAAAAGGAUGGAGACUAAACAGCCUUCCGUAGACGCUUCAGAUUCUACUAUGGUAUCUCCUAGCGAACCUCUUACUGAUGAUAAAGAGUCUCCAGAAGCUUCUCUGGAAUCUGUAAGUAAUGAAGUUAAGCCGGAGGACAGUGUAGAAGGUCAGGAGAAAGCACUUCCGGAGACACAGACUGAUGAAGAGAAUGAGUUAAAAGGUGAAGAGGCUGUAUCUGAUGUACUAGAGGUUCAUGAAUAUUCUAAGCAAGAAGAUACCACUGAAGAAUAUACUCCAGUAGAACCCAAGGAAGAGCCUGCUUCUGUAAGCCCUUUCCUUUCCAAAGUCGACUCUACCCUAUUCGAUGUAGAGGAGGCAGAGGAAGAUGUUAAGAUUCUUAAACUGACUCCUAAAAUUGAUAAGGUAACUAAAGUCAAGUAUGAUGAGAAGCAGAUAUGGUCUGGUAAAGUGAGAAUUGGUAAAUCUUCAAACCUGGUGGAGGCUCUGAUAUAUUUUAAUGAGGAGAAUCCAGCAUUGGCUAUAAUUUCCACUGAUAAGAAUUCAAAGGUCUACAGAUACCUUGACGGUAGUAAGUGGAAGAAUGGUAAAGAAGGGACUCACAAGAGUAAGCUAGAAGCUCUAAAGAAUAAGUAUAAGCAUGCACUUCCUGCUACUCUUGAUCUUUCUAAUCCUGACCAGUCAAAAGUACAUAUAGGUGACCGCUCUGGUAAUGGACUAUCGCAGGCUACAUAUACUCCGAAGGAUACUUCCAAGAUUACUACUGUUGUGGAUGGAGAGGCUCAACUUUGGACAGCUUCUGGAUAUGAAAAGUGUCUUCUUGUAGAAUCUUAUGCUAAGAAUACUACCAAAGUUAUCUACUUGGAAGUUGAGAGUAGUGGUACUAAGUCUAGAUACUUUGAGAAACUGGAUGGAGCAUGGAAUGAGCUCAAGAAGGAUCAGUUUUAUGAGAAAGCAAAGGCAUUGAUUGGAGAAUCUGGAAAGGAUAUUUCUCUAAAUAUCUCUCAUCCUAAUAGAUUACUAUGCAAAUCCUUCGACUACACCUUUGCUGGUAAUUCUAUGAAGCUGAUGGUCCCUAAUAAAGGUGUUUCUGUGUCAAAGCUAAUGAAUAGCACUGAAGAGGUUUAUACUCUUUCCUCUGGUGAGGCAUUCCAAUAUACCAAGACAUAUCUUAACAAAGAUGGUAACCCUGAACUGGUCCUUCUAGUAACUAAGAUGUCUGGUGCUUCUAAAGAGUACUAUCUUGAACUCCAGAAUGGUAAAUGGGUAUCUUGUAAUGACAAAGAUGCCAAGAUGAGGAGCUUGAGGGAUCCUGCAGAUUAUAUAUCAGACUUUGAACUUGAUUUUUCCUUGGCCAAUAGUACUAAUGAAUGUAGCAUAUUUGAAGCGGAAUUACUAGGAGUUACUACCAAGCAUUUCUUUCCUAAACCUGGCCAUCUUGUCAAGAAAGUAAAGGAUGGAAGUGGCCUUUUGUGGAGUUCUUCAAAACCUAUUUAUACAUCGGGAACCAUUGGAAGGCAUGAUGGAUACUUUGACGACUAUUGCCUUUCUUGCAUUAUUUAUAAGCAUGGAACUGAAGAGAUUCUAGAAAUGAUUGUGGUGGAGAAUAGUUCAAGGUGGUAUAAAUUCUUUGAAAAGAAUGGUGAAGAGUGGAAGGGUAUAGUAAAGACACCGUUUAACGAGAAACUAGAUGACCUUAGAGCAGUAGAUCCUGAGGUACCUCAGGAUAACACUGAGGAUCAAUCUGAAAAUUCUACGACUCACUCUGACGAGCAAUCUGGGUUUGAUGAUUCUGCUAGUCAAGAUGUUAAUCAAAGCAGUGAGUCUAAUGAGAGUCCUACUGAAGUAGCCACUGUCGAGCAGGAGGAACAAACUCCUCAAGAGUCCGGUAGUGAUCAUUCUGAAGAACAAUUACAGACCGAACAAGCUACUUCUGAUUCUCAACCAGAUGCCGAUACCAACGAGGAACCUGAGGUGGUACCAUCUGAACCUGCUACCGAGACACUAGACCUUGCCAGUCCAGAUGACUCUAAGGUAGACUUUUCUAAUGGAGAUGAUAAACGUAAUGUUGUAGAAGCCUCUGAGAAGGGAGAAGAAAGUACUCCUCCUCUGGAUAUAGAUGGGAACACACAGACAAAGUCCUUUGAGAAUAGUACUGAAUGGAAUGACCAUUCGAAUGAGAGAUCUUUAGGUCAGGAAUCUCAUAGUCUUGGUUCUUCUGAGCUUAGGGGAAGCAGAACAUCAAUCAGUUCUGGGAUACAAAACCGUAGAGAUUCUACAGCGAGCACAAUCUCUACAACUAGUACAGCCUCAACUCUUUCCUUGGAUCAAACUAGUGGAUCAGCAACUUUGAAGUUAACAAAACCUGACGACUCAAUCUAUCAGUCCUUCGACUACUACCAUGAUGACAACCAUAUUAAACUGGUCCUUCCACAGGAUGGUGUGACAGUGACUAAAAUUUCAGAAUCUUGGUUUACAAUAUGGACAGCUAAAGCUGGAGAGAAUGAAGAAUUGGCAUAUGCUAAGGUCUACCUCAAAAGUGAUGGGAAACUUCAGUUUGUUAGGGUCUGGAAGAGGGGUUCCUCAGGUGUAACAUGCAUGAACUAUACAACUGGUAGGUUAUACGGAUGGUCAGAAUUCAAUGGAAAUAUAAACGAAAAGAUAAACUCACUGAAGAUUAUCACGGAAUACAAGGGAAACUCUGUUAUAGACUUGAAGAAUGAAGAAGAUACAAAUGAAUGCAGAAUAUUUAGUGUAAAUUUCCUUGGAGUUCCUACUCGUUCGUAUUCCCCAAAACCAGGUUACGUUGUCAAGGAAGUUAGGGACGGUGAAGUAUCACUCUGGAAAGCCUCGGAAGAUAAAGACGAGAGAUGCUUAUCCUGUGAGCUUUACACCAAAGAUGGACAAAAAAUCCUCUAUUUAAGCAAAAGGAAAUAUGGUAAAAGAGAUGAUGCUUCAUUUGAAUUUUCUGACGGAGAAUGGAAAAGCAUGACUGAAGGGGAGUUUGAUAGGAGGUUUAAAGCUAUGGUAGAUGGAUCGUCUCAAGAACCUACCGACUCUGUAGAUACAGGAAAGGUUGAGAACGAGCCAUUACCGUCAGGUGAAGGAGAAGAUGCUAAUUCCAUAACUAUGCCAAGUGAUCCUGUGAAUAAUGUCAAGGUAGAGGACAAUGAAUCUGAGCAGAUUUCCGAAGAAUCUAAAGGUCCUGAAACAUCUCCUAUACAAGAGACCGAACAAUCGGAAGGUUCUAUGGAUGUAGUAUCCCCAGAGUCUGAACAAACUGGCCCUAGUGAACAAAAAAGUGAGUCCACGUCGGAAGAUAUCCCAGAAGAAAACGCUCAAGAGACUUCACCUACUAACUCUCAUGAACUGGAAGCUUCUGAACCCACCGAGGAUAUACCUACAGAGCCUGAGCCUAAAGAGAAUGCCCUAGAACAAUCCCCCAGUGAACCUGCUAUAGAGGUGAAAACUCUGGACCUCUCUGCUAUAGACUCCUCACUUGACCUGGUGGAUGAUGAAACUCGGGAUGGAGUCCACUCAAAAUCUUACGUUCUCAAAGGUGAGAGCUUUGAAAGAAUCUCAGAGGAUGGAGCAGAGGUAUGGACCGCUGAAGGGGGUGAAAAGCUCCUAGUCCUGAACAUUCACUCAAAGGGAGAUUUGGCUCUCCUCAACAUUUGCACAAAGAAAGACCACAAGUUGACACUUGGAUACUUUGAGAAGAAUGGCAGUGAAUGGAAGAGUUUAAAUGAAGACGAAUUCGAUCAAAAGUAUGGAGAAAUGAAGGAGACCUAA